AUCUAUGGGUAGCUCUCGGCCACGUGCAGUUUUUCGUUUUAUCAUCUCACCGACACCACCAAAAUAAAAAUUCACCGAAAACCACCACUCACUUUCCUUUUUCCUUCUCCCUUGAGAAAAAGAAUUCCAAAUCUCAAAAUCCUUAACAAUUCCGGGUUCUCUUCCGCUUUAAAAUCAAAUCAAAUCCGAAAAAAAAGAAACUACAGCAUUGAGUUCGGUAAUCUCCCAUGAUGUCGUCCGCUCCAACUCUUCCGAUCUCAAACCCUAACAACAACAAUUCUCAACCAUCUCAAAUCGCAACACCAGCUUUCCGUGCAUUCAUAUCACGUCUCUCAGAUUCAGUCCGUCAAGGUUUCUCUCAACGUCGUCCAUGGCUAGAACUCGUUGACAGAUCUGCUUUAAACCGUCCUGAUUCCGUUUCUGAAGCUGCAUCUCGUAUUCGCAAAAACUUUUCUUAUUUCCGUAUAAACUAUUUUACUCUACUUGCUUCUGUUCUUGCCUUAUCUCUUCUUACCCAUCCAUUCUCUCUUUUCGUUCUUCUCUGUCUCCUCGGUUCAUGGCUGUUUCUUUACAUCUUCAAACAAUCUGAUUCACCACUUGUGAUUAUGGGCCGUACGUUCAGUGAUCGUGAAACGUUGGGCGUUUUGGUUGUUCUUACGAUUGUUGUUGUUUUCCUAACAAGCGUUGGAUCUCUACUUAUCUCUGCACUUAUGGUUGGAUUAGCUAUUGUUUGUGUUCAUGGUGCAUUUAGGGUUCCUGAAGAUUUGUUUCUUGAUGAUCAAGAGCCUGCUACUACUGGUUUCCUUUCGUUCCUUGGUGCUGCUUCGUCUGCCGCUGCUGCUGCCGCUCCUGUUGUAGCAUCAAGGGUGUAACCAUAUCUAAGUUGAUCAGAUCUAAUUGCCCUGGCUGAGGUUGGUUAAAGGGAAAUAUUUAAAAUUUGGUACCAAUUUUUUUGGUAGAUAUAAUUCAUUAAGUCUGUAAUUUAUCUAGGUUUGGAUCUAGACAAUGGAAAAUUUGUAGAUCUGUUUUUCUCUUUUGAUACAGAUAGAAAUAUUUGUAACAUCUAAUGCUGAAUCUUCGGAGUUGUUCCUAUAUUUCAUAUGUCACGAUUUAUUAUAUACAAAUUGUUAUCUAGCUUUAUUAAUAUAAUUGUUUCUGUAUGUUA